GUGAAACGUUAUUUGACCACUUUUGGCUCUCAAAAAAACGCGGCGUGGUUUGCCGCGAGAGCCAGAGUCGUCUCUCGACCCCUUGUCACCACACAAGAGCCGCGCGCGCGCCGUGAAACCGCCAACCAAAAAGUUCGAGUCACCCCAGCAGACGCCAAACGCAAAAGCCACCAUGGAGGAAGGCCGCGCGCACGAGGAAGUGGCGCCCGCGCCGGCCUCGCACGGACGGCGCCUCGCGCGGCCUGUGUUCCUCGCGGCCGUCGCGCUCGCGCUCCUCUCGUUCGCGGCGAUCGUGAGCGGCGCAGAGAUCUCGAGCGCCCUCGAGCAGACGCGGGACAUGAUCGGCGCGAAGGCGCGCGUGCCGACGCCCGCCCGCCGCCGGCUCCGCGGCGCAGCUCCGGAAGUCUGGUUCGCCUCUCUCCGCGCCGGCGCGCGCUCGGAGCGCCGCGCGCGCGAGGACCGCGAGUUCGCCGCUCUACGUUCCAUCAGCGACGUAGCUCAUGAGGCGACGCGCGUCGGCUCCCGUGUGAAAGAACCCGAUAAGCUGACGUCGCGUUGAUGGCGUGGGGGGCGACACGACGAGAAAGGCGUCAUGAAAUCUUUUUCUCGCGCAGGCGGGCGCGGAGCCGAUCGCGAACCACGACCGCCGCACGCUCAUCAAGGGCGACCACAUCAUCGGUGUCAAGACGCGCUUUCCCGUGGCCUGGGCGGCGCCUAAGCGCUCGUGGCUCACCGAACCCAUGAAGCCCGCGGCCUCGAGCUAAACGGCGCGGACUGACCACCAAAACCACCCCCACAACCCCUCGUAUAACAGUGAGUGUGUAUGC